AUGAUGAGGCAAUCCCAAUUCAUUUCCAUGUCUGUUUUUGCCCUCUUAAUCAUCAUCAUAUCAUCAGCCAUUCCUUCCACAAACAGUUAUAACUUGGCUGCAGCCCAGUAUUCAAAUGACAUGGUAAACUCAACCUGCAGAAUUUGUACUGAAAUAUCCACCAUAUUUGACUUCAACUUCUGUGUCACCACAAUCCAAGCCGCUCCGGGAAGCCGGGCAGUCGAUCUCCGGGGACUUGCAGUUCUUACAAUGGAGCUGGCUUUACAGAAUGCGACCACCACAGUUGCAGCCAUAGAGAAAAUGAUUCUCAGUCAGACAUUCGAUCCCCUGACUACCAAAUGCUUGAAGAAUUGCUUGGAGUCUUACGCGGAUUCGGUGUCGAAUAUUGUGAUGGCAAUGGGAGCUUUCAUGGCUGAUCAGCUUGCCACUGCUAACACAUUGAUGGGUUCUGUUGUGGAGCAGCCUAUGACUUGUGAAGCUGAUUUCAGGCACAAGAAAGGGGAGAUUUCGCCGUUGGCGAAGAAUAAUUACAAUCUAUUUGAAAUUGGGAUCAUUAGUAUCUGCAUCAUUAACCAAGUUAGUCUGCAUCCUGUUCCCCAAGGAAUCUUGAUCACUGAAAUUAGCACGACCGAUGUCGUAAACUCAACCUGCAAACAAUGUGCUGAAAAAUCUACAUCUACCACUUAUGACUACUGUGUCGCUUCCCUCCAAAUACCUCCCAUCAGCCAUUUAGUGAACCUUCCAGGGUUAGCCAUUGUUGCCAUGGAGAUCGCUCUAGAAAAUGCAACCGGCACAAUCCAAACGAUAAAGGAGACGAUUGAUGGUGGGGAAUUAGACCCUUUUGUGGAAGAUUGUUUGACAGUGUGUUUGGAACUUUACCAAAGUGCAAUCUUCACAGUUGAAGAAGCAGUUAAUGCAUUCCUGUCUGAACAUUUCGAUGAUGCCGACAUACUAAUGAGCUCGGUUAUGGAAGAUGCCAUGACUUGCGGGGAAGGAUUCAAGGAGAAGAAAGGACAAGUGAAUCCAUUGGUUGAGCAAAAUGAAAAUCUUUAUCGGCUGAGUAGUAUUGCAGUUUGCAUUAUUAAACUCGUUUCUUCCAGGUUUUUGCCUCCUCUGUCCUCUUCAGGACAUAACCUGGGAGCAAGAAUCUAG